AUGACUAACUUCCCCCUACUAAUCAACCUUACCAUAGCCCUCUCCUAUGCCCUCCCAAUCUUGAUUGCAGUAGCCUUCCUCACACUAGUAGAGCGUAAAAUCUUAAGCUACAUACAAAACCGAAAAGGUCCAAACAUCGUUGGCCCAUAUGGACUUUUACAACCAUUGGCAGACGGAGUAAAACUAUUCAUUAAAGAACCCAUCCGACCAUCAACAUCUUCACCAAUCCUAUUCAUCACAACCCCAAUGCUAGCCUUACUUCUAGCAAUCUCCAUCUGAACUCCGCUGCCCCUACCGUUCUCCCUAGCAGACCUCAACCUAGGCCUGCUAUUUCUAUUAGCCAUAUCAAGCCUGGCAGUAUACUCCAUCCUAUGGUCUGGAUGAGCAUCCAACUCAAAGUAUGCCCUAAUCGGGGCACUACGAGCAGUAGCCCAAACAAUUUCAUACGAAGUGACCCUGGCAAUUAUUCUCCUAUCCGUUAUCCUUCUCAGUGGGAACUACAACCUCAAUACUCUUGCAGUCACUCAAGAACCCUUGUACCUUAUUUUCUCGUGUUGACCCCUUGCUAUAAUAUGAUACGUCUCUACACUUGCUGAGACCAACCGAGCCCCAUUUGACCUGACAGAAGGAGAAUCCGAACUAGUCUCCGGAUUUAACGUAGAAUACGCAGCAGGUCCAUUCGCAUUAUUCUUCCUAGCGGAAUACGCUAAUAUCAUACUCAUGAACACCAUCACUACCAUCAUAUUCUUCAACCCAAGCUCACUAAACCCACCUCAAGAGCUGUUCCCUGUAGUGCUAGCCACAAAAGUUCUACUACUAUCAGCAGGAUUUCUAUGAAUUCGCGCCUCUUACCCCCGAUUUCGAUACGACCAACUAAUACACCUGCUAUGAAAAAACUUUCUCCCACUUACGUUAGCCUUAUGCCUCUGACACACCAGCAUGCCAAUUUGCUAUGCGGGACUACCCCCCUACCUAAGA